GGGCGCUGUCUCAGCGGAUAUGCUGACAGGAAAUGCUGCGAACGGGCGGGAAGUUGAAAGUUGUGAUUACAAGCAAAACAAAUGCUGUCAUUACCAAGUACUUUACGCGUAGCGGUAUUGCGGUAAAAUUGUAUUAUCGGCACAAACGCGGUGAGUAUAAGGACUCAAGUUGGCUAAACGUGGUCAACGACUUGAGUUUCCGCUGAACUUACGCUAGCUGACACAACUAGUGGCCCGACUGUGGUGCUAGUUAGCUAGCUAGGUAACGGUAACUGAGCUCUCCACAAGUUGUGUUACCUUCUAUGGUCUCCCGGUAUGGCGGACAAAAAUCUUGUGUCGGAAUUAAAACGUUGGGCGACGGAGGAGUUUAACCUGCCCCCGGAUUGUCUGCCGAAUGACGGCUACUUCAAAACACUCUGUAUCGGGACAGGAAAGUCGAUAUGGAGAUAUGUCAUCCAACACGUUUUUCAACAGAGGAAGGUGCGGAUCGUUCGUGGCAACCUCCAGUGGUAUAAAGUUCUUCAAGACAAAGAGUUGAAGCAUUCUGAGGGCCAGAGUGAUGCUGCCAAGCAGAGAGAGCUUCAGAGCAAGAUAGAGCAGCUGAGAGCCAAGAUCAGUCACUUGGACUCUCAGCUUAGUGGAACAGAGGAACAGUUGGCCACACAAGAGCAGUCCAUCAGCCAUACCUGGGCCCAGGUGGAGGACAGUCGGCGCAGAGAGCUUCUUAUGCAGGCCUAUAGGCAACGCUGCAUCUUAGGCCGCAGGGUGCUCUCCGCAGACACGCAAAAAGUCAAUGGGCACUGCCAGGCACUGGAAGAAAUUGCCAGGAAAGCAGAGAUUGAAGUAUUGUUUGAUGAUAAACCCCCCAGCAGCAGAGAUGUCGAUAACUUAGACUCUCAAGUUGCAGCAGAGGCACAAGUCCUGCGUGAAGUAAGAAAGCUGUGUGAUGACAGGGUCCACUUCUAUCAGUCUUUACAAGAGAGUGAACUUAAAACUACAAACUCUGCAGCCAAACACAUAACUCGGGAACAAAGGACUGCUGAGUUUCAGUAUUGGCUGAGUGCUGUGGAGAACAUGUUGUGUGAUUAUCCUCCAAACCAUGUCCUCUCUGCACUGGAACAUUUAGCUUCCAGAGAGCAGAAGGAACUAGAGGAGAAACUAGCCUCUCUGGAUGUAGCACAGGAUGUUUCUGUUCUACGGUUCCGCUAUGAAAGCCAUCGCCUGCUGGACAUGUCAGCAGCAGAAGAGGAUCAUGACUUGCCAUCGGUUAAGUCCCUCUUAGAGGAUGCUUGGGAAGAGGUGGAGCACAGUUUCGUGGAAUUGGCCCAGUCUCGCUCCAGAGUCCAGCAGCUCCAAAACCAGCUGCAGGCCCGUAAGAAGAAAGCUGAGCUGGAGCUUCACAAUGACACCAUGGCACUGUCAGCUCUGGAGGCGGAGCUUCUGUGUGUGAUGCAGGCAGCAGCCAGGGAUCAAAUCAGAGACAGGUGUAAACAACUUGAUCUGCAUGCUAAAAGCCGACAGGAGGUGCUAAGGAACCUUCACAGCCAGUGGCAGAGCAUCCUUGACUUCAGACAACAAGUGGUUCUCAGACAGGAGCACAUCAGAGGUCUGAUAAAGGGUAACUCCACCGCCAAGACGGAGCUGAUUCGUCUGCACAGAGAGCUACAGGAAUUUGUGCGAGGCAAACUGGCGCCACAGCUUGAGGUGGUCACCACCGCGGCCGGCACUCAAAGAAACUUAAUUUCCAGGGAGGCACGACAGUUCGGAACGAUUUCACUUCUUGCCUUGGACCGCAGGACUGUUGAUGGAAUGCAAAGGAUCCCGGCAUCGUGGUUGUCCAUCCAUCGCUUGCAGUCCCCGACCUUCAGUAGCUUGUGUCAGAAUCUGGAAUUCCCACUCUACAGGGCUCCCGAAGAGUUGUGUUCCCACGUGUGUGGCCAGCAGCUUGAGUUACGUUUUCUUCGUCAGUCACUGCAACUUUACUCUGUAACUUCGCAGAAAAUACAGAAGGAAACCGAGUUGCUGCACGCAUCUGAUCAAAAAGCUCUGCUGUCUAGAGUCCUGGAAGAAGAUCAGAAGCUUCUGGAUGCUCUGGUACAGAGAGUCAGAUGCCUCACCCAAAGGUGCACCCAGGGCCUUUCUUAUGGGGACCAGGUCAAAACUGCCAUCUCUUACUGGUGGGAUCGGCCGGCCCAGCAUGUCCUACCUGAUGUCAAUAAAGGAGGACUGACUUUUCAACAGUGGUUACAAAAGUGGAAACUUGCUGCCAAAGCCUCUUAGGGUGAAAAAUCAGCCUUUAGAAAAUAAGAAGUGAUCCUUCAAUGCACCUUUUCUGAAGCAAAAGGACAAUGCUACAAUAGUAAAUGCCCUCAUUUUCCCUCCUGUUUUUCAUGCAAAUUACUGCUGCUAAUGUUUUACCAAGUCAAGGUCUGUGCCUAAUAAUAAAGCAUUUCGAAUCCAAGCAUUUGCUCGAGUCUCUCC